AUGUUAGUUUUCAAAUGUGCUUUAAUAUUCUUCUUUUCGACUUUUGUGUUGUCACUAAGUUCGCAAGUUGUAAAAGUAUAUUCAUUGGGAAUUGGUCUUGCCUGUUUAUACUUUAUCAGUGGAGCAUUGGCUGGCAAAAUCCUGUAUGACAGAUACCAGUACAUUAAUAUCCUUGGCUCACUAACACUAAAUCCAAAUGUGACCUUGUAUGUAAACAGAAUAGCUUCUAUUUCUGCAUCAUUUCUCUCAUUGGGCUUCCUCAGUUACCUUUUUCUUGUCUUAUUUAAGAAAGAUGAAACCACUCUCAGAGCACUUACAAUAUUUUUAUGUGGAUUUGGGUCUCUUUAUAUGUGGGUACAGAGUUUACUCACAACAUAUAUAUCAACUUUAUUUUAUGAGAAAAGAUUGACAGUAUUGAGACAAUACCUAGCCAAUUUGAGCUUCCUGUUUCUAGUUCUUAUGGCAAUAUUUGGGACUUUAUCUGUAUUUUUGCCAGAAGGUGAUUCUAGUGUAAUGUACAUUUGUAACAUAUUAUCGUCUCUUAGCGGGUACACAAUGACAUUUAUUUUCUGUAUAUAUAUAUUGUCAUUUGAAAAGGAGUAUGCAUAUUUUUCGGAGGGAAUCCGAUCCAAUAUGUUAAUAGAUGACACCUGUUCGUUGAACAAUGCGUCAGUCGACGAAAGUUUACUGGAUACACAUACAAUAAGGAGGAUAUUGCCCCGUACUGUGUCCUGA